AUGGCAACUGUUGUGGUGCAGCAACCGCUACGCCACACCACUCCUCCACCUGGAUCUGUCACUCCAGCUCUGAGCUUGAACAGAACCUCUUCUCCCGUUCCGAACAAACAUAUACCCGUUUGCCCUACAGGCCCGUCGCCCAUUCCUUCGCGAACUAGUUCGCCUGCUCCGAAGGAAGAUGCCGUCCUUCCAGCAUCUUCACCUUUACACCCGCCCGAUGCGUUUCCGAAGAUCUCAGAUUCACCUCCGUUAUAUUCGAUAGAGAUCGAGAUCCUUUUGGCCGCUGUCAAUCACUGUUCUUCGCAGCCGCUGCCGGAUCCCAGUUUGAUGUUUCCCUGGCUACAUGGAUUACAUCCCGACAACCAUCUACAGGUCGGGUUCUUCACCAACCGACGACGCUCUCUUCGGCGGACGCCAAAAUGUUGGAGAGGUCUAACGAUUGUGAAAGUAGGCGGCGAUUUGUCUACAUCGAGGUUGAAAGGCGCCGUGACUCCUGAGGCGAUUCUUGCGCCAUCGGGCUUGGAGUUUCUCUCCGUUGACCCUCGGGAAGGGUUCUCUGUGCGCAAUUUCCAGAUUCAGACAGCCAAGGUGGCUCCGCUAUCAGAUAUUGUCGUUUACGGCGAAGAUAGCGUAACUGCGAAGCAGCUUCUGGAAGUUGCAAGCCGGAUCACAGCCGCACAGCAUCACUGGAGGUUCAAACACGACCUUGACCAGACCCUUCCGUCAUACAAUACAUUUGUUGUCUCGUGUCCAUUUUCUGAUAUAGAACGCAGGGCUCCCAGUCUGAUAGCUGUCAAUUCUAGCGGCCAACUUACAAACCAAGUCGUGGAUCUCUUUCAGUUGGAGCGCUUGGAGAUGUGUACUAUGUCUCGCGCAUCGGAGUUCUCAAAUAACGUUUGGCAAGGCCCUACGCCAGACUAUCUCCUGCAAGCUGGUGCCUCUGGCACGCCUUCAGCUGAGGCUUUUGACCUGAUGAUUGAUACAAAUGACCUUGCUGGAAUCCCGGGUCCUCGCCAUUUGGCAAAUCUCGCCAGGCGCCUCGCGAAAGAGCCGCAGCGCUUAGACUUUCCCUCUUCCGGCUCCCUUCUAACUCCGACCGGGGAGAGCAGAGAUCUUGAUGAUCUGAUCAAUACUCUUCGAUGGAUUUAUUACAUCGCGAAUCCAGAGAUUCCAGAGACGGAUGCUGAGGGGGAUCUCUCCAUAGAUGCUCCUCUGAGAAAGACACGAAGGAUAUUGAUUCACUGCCCCGAUGGGUAUACAGAGAGUUCUCUGCUUGUGAUCGCCUACACUAUGUUUGCCGAAGGCAUUCCUGCAAGUGAAGCAUGGCUUCGACUUCACCGAGAAAAGAAAAGAAACUUCUUCGCCUACCCUUCAGACGUCGCGUAUUUGAGGAACGUUCAAGAGAGGAUACUGCAAGAAAGCCCUGCAAAUCCCCCACACUACCGCGUGCCCGACCCGCAAUGGUUCAGAUACUGCGACGGAUCCCUCCCAAGUCGGAUUCUGCCCUAUAUGUAUCUCGGAAACCUAUCUCACGCAAAUAACCCAGAGAUGCUGUGGGAGCUCGGUAUCAAGCGUGUUCUCAGCAUCGGUGAAGCUGUAACAUGGAGUGACUCGGAUAUUGCAAGGAUGGGUGCCGAAAACUUAAUGCACAUCACCAAAGUCCAAGACAACGGCAUUGAUCCUUUGACACAGGAGUUUGAUCGCUGCCUCCAAUUCAUACGCAAAGGAAAAUCGGACGGGGCUGCCACUUUGGUUCAUUGUCGAGUGGGUGUUUCGCGCUCCGCAACAAUAUGUAUUGCCGAGGUCAUGGCAUCUCUCGACUUAUCUUUUCCACGGGCAUAUUGUUACGUCCGGGCAAGAAGGCUCAAUGUUAUCAUUCAGCCCCAUCUACGAUUUGUGUACGAGUUGCUAAAGUGGGAAGAACUCCAGCAAAGGAAAAACAAGCAAACUCUCAAAAGAGAGCUCGAAUGGGCGACCGUGGCUCGCGAAAUUGCCCUCAUGAAUAAACCUUACUCGAGAUGA